CCCAUUUAGAAUGACACACUACCCAAUACGGUGCCGUUUCGGGUCCUUGGAGAUUUUUAUCUUCUUUCCAAGAAUCAUACAGCUCACUCUCACCAACCUUUACUAAAAACAACUGAACAAAUUAUAGCACGUUACCAGUGUACGCAGGAUUUGUAAUCUUCUCAUAUUCAUUGUGUUAAUGGAGUGAGUGGAUCAAGUGCAAGAGGGGUCCAUUUGGGUUGCCAUGCGCGUAGGGAACUAACCUAACCAGAUGGGUGUGUCCCGCUUUAUUUAUGAUUUUGUGGGUUGCUGAAGAAAUCUGUAGAUUGGGACUCCCAGCUUGAAAAAGACUGUAUUUUUCUUUAGGGGUUUAAUUAAAAUUAUCUUAGUUCGUUGCUAGCACUCGACUGCCAUGGGAAAAUCUCCCGGAAAAUGGAUCAAGACUGUACUCUUUGGGAAGAAGCAUUCGAAAUCUAAUUUUUCUAAGAAUGUCACGCCUGACAAAAAGACGGUGGAGAAUCCCACCGUGAUAUCAGAUUCUUCCCAGCUGACUGAUAGAGGUGUCAAUGCCUUAGAACUCGAGAAUGAAACGCGUGGCUCGGCUUGUGAUGCUAUUGCUUCAUCUCCAUUGAAUCAAGAUUUAGAUUCCAAAAGUGAAAAUGGGUCGGGUCCUGUAAUUGAUGCUGAUAUGAGUAGUCAAAAUCUAGCUGCAGCAAAAGUUCAAGCAUCCUUCAGGGGCUAUUUGGCUCGUCGGGCUUUUCGAGCUCUCAAGGGUAUCAUAAGGCUGCAAGCUCUUAUUCGAGGACAUCUGGUUAGGAGGCAAGCAGUUGCCACUUUGCAUUGCAUGAAGGCAAUCGUUAAGUUCCAAGCAAUUGCUCGUGGGCAUAAGGAUACUAAACAGGUCAACAUUGGAGCAAACAUCUUUUCCGAGUUAGGAAAGCUCGCAAAAAACACCUUCGUUCGCAAGCUUCUUGUCAAAAUGCCAGCUGCUAUGCCCCUGAGCCUUCAAUACGAUAUUUCCGAACCAAAUUCAGCCUUGAGCUGGCUCGAGCGCUGGUCGAUGACCCGCUUCUGGGACCCACCAACUCGGACUAAAAAGAUCGCCAAACCAAAGGCCCAUAAAAAACAGCCCAGCCUGCAAAAUUCCGAGCCUGAAGCUGGAAAAUCAAAACGGACCUUCCGGAAGGUUCCAACUGCUGCAACUGUGGUGGAAAACGGCACUUUAGCUUCCGACACAGAUAACAAACCCAGGCGCCACCCGAGCAAACUCAAUAUUACCCAAACUGAGUCGGCCCAAGAGCAGCAAGCCCAAAGCGAACUCGAGAGAGUCAAACGUAACUUGAGAAAGGUGACCUCAUCAUCAUUACCGGAGACCGAAAAGCCACAGGGUGGUGUGGAAAUAGCAAAACCUCCCGAUGUUCCUGAUCUGGAAAUAGCAAUUCCGACCGAAUCUGAUGCUGGUGUCGAAACAGUAGGUUUUUCUGAAACCCCUGUGAAAAACGAACCAGUCGAUGACGUGGAAAUCGAGACUAAUGGAAAUGAUGUGAAAAUCGAGACUGCUGUUGUAAGUUUGGAUGAUGAUGAUGAGUCGAGCGUUAAGGAAGGAAAAAAAAGUAACAAGGACAAUCAGAAGAUGAAGAAAAGAAGAUCAUCACUGCCAGCUAAGCAGGAGUUUGCUGAAAACAUCUCGCAGAAUAACUCACCGAGUUUGCCGAGUUACAUGGCGGUAACUCAAUCGGCUAAGGCCAAGCUUCGAGCCCACGGAUCGUCUAAAUUCGGGGAAGAUGGAGCUGAAUUUAGUAACAAUAAUGCUCGUCGGCAUUCUCUCCCGGCAUCCACCAAUGGGAAACCGAGCUCAUUUUCGAAGCCCGUGCAAGCUAAUGGUAAAGGAGGCAACAAAACUAAUGCAGCAUUUACUUCCUCUAGAGAUGGUAAGUCAAAACAAGGUGGUUCAGCCAGGUUGGAGGAGAUGAGAAGCUUCCCAAAUCUGCUCGAUGACUAUUCACUCGAACUGCAGAGUUUGAUUCGGUCUUUGUUUCAGCGUGUUUUUGGAAUGUGCAUAGAAGUUGUUUGGAAGAUUUUGAGUCAAGCUAAUUUGGGAUUUGCUCUAGUGUGCUUUGGUUCUGGUUUAUUGUGA